UAUGACUAUACUCUACAAAAAGGAUCUUAUUUCCUUGGUUUCUUCUCUUUCAAAUAAACACAUACCACUUAUCAAGGGAUAUCAAGACAUUGCUCAUAAAUAAUUAAAGCACAAAAUUCUUCCUGUAUAGAAUGGAUAAUUGGAUUAAGCAAAUAAGAGAGAAAUUAAUUGGUGCAGAAGAAGAGAAUAAAGCUGAUUUUGGUGGUAGCAGCAGAGAUCAUCAGAAAAUACCAAUACAGAAAACUUCAUCCUUCAAAGAGAAGAAAAAGGCACAUAGUUGGUUUCAGAGACAAAUUUCAAGGAAAAUGAGUCAUGAUUAUGAUUACAUAGAAAUGGAACAUGCCACAGUUGUAGCUGCUGCAGCAUUUGCAAUAAGUUCACAUGUCUCAGAAACUUCACAUGAGAAGAAAAUGAGUGAGUUUCCUGAGACCUCAUUGACCAAGAGCAGAAGCAAAAAAGUCUAUGAUAAAAAUUCUUCAUUUUCCCAGCUAGGUGCUGCAUCCAAGAGAUUACCAGGCUCAUUUAAAAUCACAGAUGAACAAGGUAACAAUUUUCCAACAACAUCACCUAUUAGAGAAGAAAAGAUUCCUAAAAACACCAUCUCAUUCACACCAGCACCAUCAAUGAAAAAGACUCCAACUUUUAGUGAAAAAUCAAAGAGAACUGAUGAUAAAAAACCUGAUAUUCCAAAACAUAAAAAGACUCCAACUUUUGCCGAUGAACAUUUUUUCGACGCUGAUGAUGAUACACAACCUGAGACUCCAAAACCAAAAAUGCUUCCACUAGUUGAUGAUCCAAACGUGUCAUUAAGGCCUCCGCCGCCUCCACCACCUCCACCAGCACCACUACUAUCAAUCAUCCACAGCAAACCACCAACUAGACCAAGUACAACAGAAACAAAAGCAGAUUCUUGGGAAAGGGAAGAGUUCAUAAAGAUCAAAGAAAGGUAUGAGAAGUUGUUAGAGACAAUAGAUUCAUGGGAAAAGAGGAAGAAGAUGAAAGCAAGACGCAAGCUUAAUAAGCAUGAGCAUAGUGAAAAUGAGCGGAAAAGAGAGAAAGCUAGGAGGAAAUAUCAAGAUAAGAUAAAAUAUAUAGAUGAGAUUGCAGCUGGAGCAAGAGCACAAUCAGAUGAUAGAAGAAAGAAUGAAACGCUGAAAGCAAAAGAGAAGGCAAACACAAUUAGAACAACAGGCAAGCUUCCAGGGGCAUGUUCCUGCUUCUAAGAAAGAACAACACCAAUGUAUAUACAUAUGUACAUAAUACUAUUUGGUUUGAGUAUGAACAUGUAUAAUUCAAGUAUACAAAAUGCAGUUGGUUA